AUCGAUUCAUAUCUCAAGGCUACAAACGAUAGAUUGAGCAAUGUUGAAGCAUAAGACGAGUCAAUCUCAAUCCACUGAGGAGGACAAAUUUAAAUUGAAACAUCAAAGUCUGCUUCAGGAUUUUUUAGAAUUUCAAAAGGAAUUUGUUUCAAAGAAGAAAAAAUUGCAGAUGACAAAGCAGAAGAGAGACAUUCUGUCAACUGAAAUUAGAUUUUUAAGACAGAGGUAUAGAUAUUUAAUGGCUAUGAAAUCACAUAAUCUUCAACUACAGCAAGAUCCUGCUCCCCCAGAAAAUUCGUCUAUGCAAAGUGAGGAUAUUAGGAAAUUGUUGAGUACUAAGAAAAAACCCAAGCAUGGCAUUAUCAAUGGCAAAAGUGUUGAGAAGAAAAUCUCAUGGCAAGAUCAGACAACUGUAAUGAAUGUCUAAAGGAAUUCUUGUAACUAAUCAUUCAUAGAUCAUGAGAAAAAUACUAUUUUGCUUUCUUUUCUUUUUAUUUUACCACAGUGGAAAUUGUAAAGAGAAAUCUCAAUACUUUAGACAUAUAUAAAAUUUUUCUUUUACAUA